AUGGCGAUCAAACGGUUCUUCCAGAAGAACCCCUCGACUUCUCGACGUGGAGACUCGGUACGGUCUUCAUUCACUCAGAAUGGAGAUACCGUCGACGUCGAGACAGAAAAGGGUCCUUUUGACGAUGAAUCCAAGGUGCCGUUCCUCACCUUGAGGACUUUCUUCAUGGCCGUCCUGGUCUCGUUUGGAGGCCUCUGCUUUGGUUAUGACACCGGCCAGAUUUCGGGCUUUUUGGAAAUGCAAGAUUUUCUUCGUAAUUUUGCAGACCAAAAAAAUCCCCUAGGCUUCAGCAAUGUUCGAUCGGGGUUGAUAGUUGGCAUGUUGUCUAUCGGCACUCUGAUAGGUGCUCUGGUUUCCGGCCCAGUUGCCAACAUCCCGGCCAUUGGUCGUAAAUAUUCGAUUUGCUUCUGGACAAUAAUCUUCUGCAUUGGCGUUGCUGUGCAGAUCGGCUCAAGCUCAGGUCAUUGGUACGAAGUCAUGAUUGGCCGUAUCAUCGCUGGACUGGCCAUUGGAGGUCUCUCAGUGAUGGUUCCGGCAUACCAAGGAGAAAGUAGCCCUCGCCACGUGCGCGGAGCUAUUGUGUGUUGUUAUCAGCUUUUCAUCACCAUCGGUAUCCUUAUCGCAAAUUUGAUCAACUUCGGAACUGAAACCAUCAACAACACAGCGUCGUGGCGGAUCCCCAUGGGUAUCGGCUUUCUGUUUGCGAUAGUCUUGGGGGUUGGUAUUUUGUUCUUCCCAGAAACUCCCCGUCACGACUAUCGCAAUGAUAGGAUUGAUCCUGCCACCACAAGCAUUGCCAAGUUCCAUGGAGUGUCCGAAAGGCACCGGGUAGUCAAAGAGCAGCUGGUGGAAAUGCAAGAAAAGCUGCAAAUGGAAAUCGAGGGUGGAGAUCAUCCGAUCUGGGAGAUCUUCACAGGUCCGAGGAUGCUCUACCGGGUCAUCUUGGGGUGUAUCAUCCAGGCCCUGCAGCAGCUCACCGGUGCCAACUACUUCUUCUAUUAUGGGACGACGGUCUUCGCGUCCGUGGGUCUGUCGAACUCUUAUGUUACCCAGAUCAUCCUUGGCGCCGUCAAUGUUGGCACGACUUUCCCCGGACUUUACUUUGUCGAAAAGUUCGGACGCCGCAAAUGCCUCAUGAUAGGAGCCGCCUGGAUGUUUAUGUGUUUCAUGAUCUUUGCUUCUUUGGGUCAAUUUGCCCUUCAGGACAACGAUGGUACAAAUAACCAGACGAUCGGCUACGUGAUGAUCAUUUUCUCCUGUCUUUUUAUUGCGGCGUUUGCCUCCACAUGGGGCCCGAUGGCUUGGGCUGUGACCGCUGAGAUCUACCCCUCGCGAUAUCGCUCGCAGUGCAUUGCUCUUUGCGCCGCUAGCAACUGGCUUUUCAACUUCCUCAUCGCCUUCUUCACGCCUUUCAUCACAGGCGACAUCAAUUAUGCAUAUGGAUAUGUCUUUGCUGGAUGCAAUCUGUUUGCUGUUUUCUUUGUCUACUUCUGCUUGCCCGAGACGUCAGGUCGCUCCUUGGAAGAGAUUGACACUAUGUUCCUCCUCGAGAUCAAGCCUUGGAAGAGCAGCAAAUGGACUCCGCCAAGGGGCGAGGAACUUAUCACCGCGGACAAGCUGCGCCUCAAGAGUGGUGGGAGACAUAUCAGCAAGAAGAGAGAGGCCGGAACUGGCGAGGCUGAACAGAACGAGGACUUGGUACAUACGGGUAGCGAUGAUUUGCCCUACGUACCGAUUGUGUCCGGUCCCGAGCACCAGCUGGGUGCGGGUGUGCGAGGAGAUUCGUACAGGGGUCAAAGGUAG